UAAUAUUACUAUUAAUGUGGGUAUUAUUACUCCUAUAUUUAUUAUUGAUAUCAAUGCUACUCAUUAUUAUGAAUGCUAUGAAUACUGCUAUUAUCAUUCCUAUAUCAAUUAUUGAUAUUAAUGCUGCUACCCUAUUAUUCCUAUUAUUAUUAUUAUUAAUGUGGGUAUUAUUACUCCUAUAUUUAUUAUUGAUAUCAAUGCUACUCAUUAUUAUGACUGCUAUGCAUACUGCUAUUAUCAUUCCUAUAUCAAUUAUUGAUAUUAAUGCUGCUACCCUAUUAUUCCUAUUAUUAUUACUAUUAAUGUGGGUAUUAUUAUUUAUUUAUUAUUUAUUUACAGCAUUUAUAUUCCGCCCUUCUCACCCCGAAGGGGACUCAUACAGUAUAGGCAAACAUUCAAUGCCUUUUAACAUAGAACAAUGAUAAACAAACAUAGGCUCCGAGCGGGGCUCGAACUCAUGACCUCCUGGUCAGAAUGAUUCAUUGCAGUUAAUUGCACUGGCUUGCUCUCCCACCUGCGCCACAGCCCGGGCCCUAUAUUUAUUAUUGAUAUCAAUGAUAAUCAUUAUUACCACUUCUAUGAAUACUGUUAUUAUCAUUUCUGUAUCAAUUAUUAAUAUUAAUGCUACCAUAUUCCUAUUAUUAUUAGUCAUUAUUAUGACGAGGGUUGAAUGAAAAGUAAUGCCUCCACCUUCGUAACUCCUCAGCAGAUGGCAGUCCUGGUCUGCGGCAGGCAUUGGCUUGUUCAGUAGACUCUCCUCUACAGUUCCGUUUGGCGGGAAGCCUUAGCGUUGAACGGUUGUGUUGUUAAAGUGCGGAGUAUGGAACCCUGCGGAGACGGUCGGUCAAUGCGAUUUAAGCAACGGGCCGUCAUUGAAUUCUUGACAGCGGAAGGUGUCACCCCAAAGGAGAUUCAUCAGAGAAUGCAAGCUGUUUAUGGGGAUUGUGUUGAUGAGAAGAUGCCCACCACGGCCGUUGCUGUCUCAGAUGCAGGGCUGCCACCUCUCGAACCCGGGGCCUCUCCCACCCGCAUCAGAGGCAAAGCCCAGGAGGAGGAAUUGCAGCCGCCGGUGCUGGAAACGCCUCCCAGGCCUUCCUUGAGCGGUUCUCACAGCGUCGGGCUUUGGGGAGUCCAGAACCCGCCUUCGAGCGGCAUUCGAAACCAGGACCUGCGGCAUCCGAAACACAGACCAGCCCCAGGGAAGCGCUACCAGUGCACGGGAGAUGGAUGCCGCCUGGCCUGCCGCUCCAUGCAGGAGCUCCUGGACCACAUGCGCGCCCACUUCCGGCCCACCCAGUCCCUGGAAGGGAAGACCUUCAGCUGCUCGACGCUGGGCUGCUUGGAGUCGUUCCCCGACAUGCAAAGCCUGAUGGAACACAUGAAGGCGCAUUACAAGCCCAACCGCUACUUCAAAUGCGAGAACUGCAUGUCCCGGUUCCGGACCCACCGCUCGCUCUUCAAGCACCUCCACAGCUGCUUAGACGCGGCCGUCGGACGGCACCCGCUCCCCACGGAGAAGCCCCCCUCCGUUGUGGGGAAGGUGCUGGAGGAGCUGCCCAAGCUCCAGAGCGUCCUGCAGAGCAUCCGGAAGGACGCCGUGCUCCCCACCAAGGAGGCGGUGGAAGACGCCCCCGACGACCCGCUCUCGAUCGAGCUUCACGGCGGCUCCUCCACGGACCCGGAGCCGCUCUCCCCGCCGGACGCCCACCCGUUCCCGCUGCUGGAGCAGUCCCUCUUUGGGCCGCCCACCCUGGCCAGGUUCUCCGGCUCCGUCCCGGGACCCUUCCUGCCCUACAUGAACCCGCCGGGCUUAGGCUUGCCUCCCACGGCCGUCCAGAACCGCCUCCGGCCCUUCCUGCCCGGGCAAGGCCUCCCCGUCUCCAACGCCGUCUGGAAGAAAAGCCAAGGGCAUUCCUCCAACAGCCGCAUCGUGUGGGAGCACACCCGGGGCCGCUACAACUGCCUGCAGUGCCCCUACUCCACGGCUUCCCGGGAGGAGAUGACCCAGCACACGGAGGAGCACCGCAAGAACCCCUCGCCGCCCGGGCGCCUGGACGGCGAAAUGGAUUUCGGUGUUGCCAUCCCUUCGUUCCACCCGAAAUUGACACCGCCGGACGUGGAGAACCCUCUCUUUUCGCCAUUGUGAGGCACCCACAAAAAAAUCUAUUAUUAUUAUUAUUAUUAUUAUUAGACUCUGCUCCAGACAGCGGAACAUGCAACAGCCUCGAGACCUUCCGACCGGCCGCCGUUUUGUUCUAAGGACGAGGAUAAUUAUUUAUAAUUCAAUGUAGAAUAUUUCU